CCUCCGCCGCCAAGGCGCGCGUCUGCGCAGUCGGUGUUAUUGUGACUGUCGGGCCGCGGCCCCGGAUGCUGUGGCUGCCGGGGGGGAGAUGGCGGAGCCAGAGGGGGUGGCCGCGGCCCCGGGCCCAUCUUCUGGGCCGGCUCUCCGGGGCCGCCGCGCUAUGUCAGGCUCCUGGGAGCGGGACCAGCAGGUGGAGGCGGUGCAACGGGCCCUGGUGGAGGUGCUGGGGCCCUACGAGCCUCUCCUGAGCCGAGUGCAGGCAGCCCUGGUGUGGGAGCGGCCGGCCAGGAGCGCCCUGUGGUGCCUGGGGCUGAACGCGGCUUUCUGGUUCUUUGCACUGACGUCCCUUCGUCUCGUGUUUUUGCUCGCGUUUGGUCUGAUGAUCAUUGUGUGUAUUGAUCAAUGGAAGAACAAGAUCUGGCCUGAGAUAAAAGUGCCAAGACCCGACGCAUUAGACACUGAGAGCUGGGGCUUUGUGCAUCCUCGGUUGCUCAGCGUGCCCGAGCUCUGCCACCACGUAGCUGAAGUCUGGGUUAGUGGGACCAUUUUCAUAAGGAAUCUUUUGCUUUUCAAAAAGCAAAACCCAGGCAAGUUCUGCUUGCUGAGCUGUGGGAUUCUGACCUUUCUGGCCGUCUUGGGCCGCUACGUCCCUGGGCUCCUGCUCUCCUAUCUGAUGCUUGUAACCGUCAUGACAUGGCCCCUUGCUGUAUACCACCGACUGUGGGAUCGAGCGUACGUGCGGCUGAGGCCGGCCUUGCAGCGGCUGGACUUCAGUGUCCGUGGCUACAUGAUGUCCAAGCAGAGAGAAAGACAAUUGCGCCGCAGAGCUCUGCAUCCGGAACGGGCCAUGGACAGCCACAGUGACAGUGAAGAGGAGCUGGCUGCCUUCUGUCCUCAGCUCGAUGAUUCUGCUGUUGCCAGGGAAUUGGCCAUCACAGACUCUGAGCACUCGGAUGCCGAGGUCUCCUGUACAGACAAUGGCACGUUCAAUCUUUCAAGGGGCCAAACACCUCUAACAGAAGGCUCUGAAGAGCUGGAUGGUCACAGUGAUCCAGAGGAAUCCUUUGCCAGAGACCUUCCCGACUUCCCUUCCAUUAAUGUGGACCCUGCUGGCCUGGAUGACGAGGAUGACACGAGCAUUGGGAUGCCCAGCUUGAUGUACCGGUCCCCGCCAGGGGCCGAGGAGCCCCAGGCGCCCCCCGCCAGCCGGGAUGAGGCUGCACUGCCAGAGCUCCUGCUUGGUGCCCUGCCUGUAGGAUCCAACCUCACGAGCAGCCUUGCCAGUCUGGUCUCCCAGGGCAUGAUCCAGCUGGCCUUGUCAGGGGCCUCCCAGCCAGGUCCGUCUGGCCCUCCUCCCCGGAGGCCAAGAGGCUUCCUCCAGGCCCCCACUUCAGACCUGGACACUGAUGCUGAGGGAGAUGACUUUGAACUUCUGGACCAGUCGGAGCUGAAUCAGAUGGACCCUGCGAGUUCCAGGAGCCACUGAGACAGGACUCCCUUUGGAGGUCAUAUGGUUUAGUUUUCUUCUCCCCAUCCCGCAUAAGGUGACGGGGCAAAGGAAUAACCCAGGUCCCAUCCCCUGAAUUAUAUUUGUAUGCUGGGUGGCCUGGCUGAUGCUCAGAGGCCUUCUCAGAGCAGACACUCACUCCCCUGUUAGCAGCUGGACGCCUGUUUGUGUGCUCAGUCACUGAAGAGUGUGCUCCCCCCAGGCAGGCGUCUGUCCAUCACGAUGGUACUUUGGGGAACAAGGUAGUCAGGGACAUUGGUUCCCCUCUGAGGUGGUGCUGCUGUUUGCUUUCAGGAGUGGGUCCUCUGGGACCCUCGUGACAGAAGAUCGCAUCCCUUCCUUCCUCCCCUCAUUGCUCCCCAGAGUCAGGCAGCAGCCAGAGAAGAGGCAGAGUUGUUGUCAUCUUUCGUUGAAACACAGCUUGUUUUUUCAAGCCAGCUUGUCCUUUGGUUCUGCUGUGCAGACCUGCCCCCACUUCCCCCAGCCGUCCCCAUUUCUGGAUGCCUCAGUCCCAGGGCCUAAUUCACUUGUGAAAUUUAAGAAAUGUGAAUAGGAUGUGGGGCUGGGCCUCCCCUACACCACGUAGGGCCACGGCGGUCAGCUGGCCAGGAGGGUUCGGGAGUGCCUCUGUAUCCCGAGGGCUCGCUGAAUCUUCUGGAGCUACAUGGUUGUCUUGGUGCUGCUGACCCCUGGCUCUGUUUGACCAUCAGCCUGAGCAGUGAGCAAAGCAAUACCACACCCAUUUCUUAGGGUCCUCCUCUGGAGAAGCAAUAAUUCCCCGGGGGACGGCGGAGUAGCACUUUACACACGGCUCCGUGGGUUCGCCCGGGAGCUACCAGCUCUUCGGCACCAGCUGUCCGUACUCUUUAUUCUGCUCUUUUCCUUUAUUUGUUGCUGCUUCCUCACUUGGCAGGGCCUCCUUUAAGGAUGGCCGUUAGCAAGUCUGUGUCUGUAAUCAGCAGAGACCCCUCUGAGGGGCAUCCGUUCCGCAGCCCCUAGUGAAAUCAUGUGAAACAAAACCCAAAAACGAUCAUCGGUUGUAAACCUGUGCCAGUCUACAGCCUCUGCCUCCUCGGUCAGAGCUCAAGCCAAACUCUUCCAUCCUCUUCCCCUCUGCAUCAACCCUCUGCUGAUCCUCAGGGACCACCCCGCCCCCCGCACUCCCAUCCUUGAGUGAAGGAUCUUGGACAGAGCUCAUUUCCACGUGCUGCAGGUGGGGGUGUGCAAACGUUUGCCCUUGGUUAGUGGAUGAGGUAGAGGCCAGGGCGUGCAAGUAGUUAACGGUGAGAAGGGAAGAGCUAGGUGCCUGCUUCUGGUCACUUACCUUCGUGUGAAGAUUAAGGGGAGUGGCAUCUCCCCACUCCGGGGUCCUCAGACAGGCUUUGGACACCUUCGCUCUUCCCAGGGCCUGGAUGUCUUAUAGGUGAGUGCUGGUGUGCAAAAAACGGGAAGUGGGGUGUUGUGUGUUUGCAUGAGUGUGUGUAGCUUCAGGCCUUGGGAGUUAGCAAGAGGGAGGGAAGGAAAGAGAGCAAAACCUUUGGAAGGUGUUUCUUGUACCUGGGGAUCCUGCUCUGAAUCUCCUUAGUCCUCCACUGUGAACUGGGGGUGGGUGGGUACUGGGGAAUAAAUCUUAUAUGAGAACAA